AUGAGUAUGGUUGGAUUGACUUUACUCGGAAAACUCAAUCGAAUUCUUUGUGCCGCUAAACAUGCUGAUCCGCAAAUUCCAUUCGGUGGUAUAAACGUUAUAUUCUUUGGUGAUUAUUUACAGUACCGGCCAAAAUUUAAUAAAUUACCUUCGGAAAAAGAAAUCCAACAACGUGUGGAACGUUCGUUAAUUCUACAAAUGAAUUGUGUGGUCAAACUUACUCAACAGAUGCGAACAGAAGACAUACCAUAUCUUCAGUUACUUGAACGACUUCGUCAAGGUCAAUGUAGUUAUGAAGAUUAUGAAUUAUUAUUCAAGCGCGUUGUUGAACAGUCAUCAGUAUCUCUUCAUGAACCACCAUGGAAUCAAGCAGAGACGUAA